AUGUACAUCACCCUCUACUACAUAGUCACCCGGCUCCCUGACACCCUUCGCCCGGUUAGGGACCACUUCCUCUCUGUUUGCCCCACCACCCUCACCGUUGACCUCCUCGAGGAGCGCCUGCUCGCGGCAGAGAAGAGUAUAGUCACAGUAGAUGCCUCUCGUGGUGACCCUCGUACCCCUGUCUUUGAGGGGUGCUCCCCCUCUCCCCUCUUGCCCUCUGUUGCCUCUGCUGCUGCGGCCGACCUCGUUGGUCUUGAGUCGGUCGCUGCGGCGUCUGCCCCUAGCGGGAGACGCCGCCCUGGCAAGGGCAAGGGGGGCAAGGGUGCUGGAGGAGCUGGCGGGGGCGGUGGAGGCGGAGGUGGAGGUGGUGGAGGGGGUGGGGGUGGCGGUGGGGGUGGUGGCGGGGGUGGGGGCGUCGGUGGCGGGACUGGAGGUGGAGGUGGAGGCGGCGGUGGCGGUGGGAGCGGAGGUGGCGGAGGUGGCGGUAGUGGAGGAGGUAGCGGCGGAGGCGGCGGAGCUGGUCGGGGUGGCGCUGCGCAGAGGGGUGGCUCCGGUGGUGGUGCGCGCCAGCAGCAGCAGCAGCAGCGUACCCGUGAGACCCCUUCCCCCCAGCAGCUUCGUGAGUGGUACGCUGCUCGUCAGCGGGGCGGGGGUGCUGGCCCCUGUACCUACGUUCUCCGUACCGGCGACCGGGCGGGUGAGCAGUGUGGGGGCGCGCACCCCACCCAGCGCUGCUUCGGUCGUCUGACGGACGCGUGGCGCCACCAGUUCCCCGACGCUACUGAGAUCCCUCGCUGGGGCGAGCUGUCUAGGGCGGGUGUUGCAAUCUAUGAUCUUGAUUUUGAUGCUAUUCUUGCUGCCAUGUAUGCUGUGACUAUUAGUGAUGAGGGUGACUGUUACCGGUGUUUCCCGCCUGACCCAGGCAUAGAGGCUGCUGCGCUAGGUACUUGUGAGGCUGCUGCUCUAGGUGCCAGUGCGUCUGCCGCCCCAGGUGCCGGUGAGUUUGCGCUCUCAGGUGCUGCGUCGUCCCCGGACACCCACACCUUCACCCUUGACUCGGGUGCUUCCCGCUCCUUCUUUCGAGACUGCACCACUCUCACACCGCUCAGUCGGCCUGUUGCGGUCUCCCUGGCGGACCCCUCUGGGGGUCCUGUCCUUGCUCACUACUCCACUGUCCUACCGUGUCCGGCGGUCCCGUCUGGCUCCCUGUCGGGUCUCUACCUCCCCUCGUUCUCUACGAACUCCAGGAUGCAGGAGUUGACCAGUUCACCCCUGCGCGUCAGCGGGUGA